AUGUUGUUCCAUGUGUUUGUCUUUCUAGAAAUUGGCAUCUCCAAAGAAGAAGCGCUAGAAGCAUUACAGGUUGUAAGGCAGGAAUGUCGCGGUGAUGCGACACGGACUGCUGGGGCACCUGGCACUUCCAGGAAGUGCACAGCACUGGAGCUAUUGGAACAGGAGCAAGCCCAGGGUUUCAUCAUCACCUUUUGUUCAGCACUAGACAAUAUUCUCGGAGGUGGUGUGCAACUAACAAAAAUCACCGAGAUCUGUGGAGCACCUGGUGUUGGGAAAACACAGCUAUGUAUGCAGCUGGCGGUAGACGUACAGAUCCCAGAAUGCUUUGGGGGUCUAGCUGGAGAAGCAGUGUUCAUUGAUACCGAAGGAAGUUUUAUGGUAGAGAGAGUAGUGGAUAUUGCAACUGCCUGUGUGCAGCAUUGCCAACUUAUUGCUGAAGCUGACCAAGAAGAAGAUCAUCUAAAAGCUUUGGAGACUUUUUCUCUUGAAAAUAUCCUUUCUCACAUAUAUUAUUUCCGUUGCCGUGACUACAUAGAGCUUCUAGCGCAGGUCUACCUCCUCCCAGACUUUCUUUCAGAGCAUUCAAAGGUCCGACUGGUGGUAAUUGAUGGAAUUGCAUUUCCCUUUCGCCAUGACUUUGAGGACCUCUCACUUCGCACAAGACUUUUGAAUGGUCUUGCACAACAGCUGAUCAUCAUAGCAAAUGAUCAUAAAGCAGCAGUAGUUCUGACAAAUCAAAUGACAACGAGGAUUGGACAAAGCCAGUCCACACUGGUACCUGCUUUAGGAGAAAGCUGGGGACACGCUGCUACUGUUCGUUUAAUCUUUCACUGGGACAACAAUCAAAGGUUGGCAACGUUGUACAAAUCACCAAGUCAGAAGGAGUCAACCAUACCAUAUCACGUUACACCUCACGGUUUUCGAGAUGUGCAGCUUCCAGCUGUCACGCAAAAGCCAGAAGGUACCGAAAUGAACCCUCGCAAACGGCCACGGAGAGAAGAGGAAAAAUAACAGUAAUUCAAAAGUCAAAUGUUAAAAAGAUGUGCUACAUGAGAACAUUUGCAUAAUAAACAUGCAACCAAGAGUA